CAGGUCCUUGCCCGGACUCUCGAAUCGGCGAUCCUCACUUCAAUUGUUAUUGGGCGCGAGACGAGGGAACAACAACGAUGGAGAAAGCUCGAUCUCGUUUCCUCCUCUUCCUCCGAACCACGCUGUGGAUCCUCAUCGUCUUCGGUUCCCCUCCGAGAAUCUCCUGUAUUCGGAGGGAUUUCUAUCUUCCAGUGCAAAAUGCUUGCAGGAGCACUGUUCAAGGGCGGUUUUUGAUAUCUGAUGACAAGGGCUAUGUAUGCACUUCGCUUUCAGUUGAUCCAUGGACUCGCUGCUGCCCUGAAGCUGGGGAGCAAUUCUCCUGCCAGGGGUGCAACCUUGUGUCACGCUGCUGUAACUCAUAUGAGUAUUGUGUGUCAUGCUGCUUGAAUCCAUCCAAGACUCAGGAAGAACUAGCUGUGAAGGUGAAAAUAGCAAAACAAGAAACUGCAGGCACUUAUUCUAGUGUAUUUGAUUUCUGCGCUGGAAGAUGUCGCCAUAAUUCUGCAAGUGUGGUGCAUGAGAAUGCUUAUGCAAGUGAUUCCCACCACUGUUUUUCCCUAGAUUCAAAUUCUACAAGGAUCACAAGACUUAACUCACCAGCAAGAUUGGCUGGCAUUGAUAUUGUCAUUGGAAAGCAGGGGGAAUCUUGUGAGUCUGCAUGCAAGUUGAAGGGCAUAUCUUGUGUUCCAAGCAGGCUGUUUGUGCUGAAUAACUGUGAAUAUUUACAGAAAUACAUGAGCUGCAAUGACACAUGCUUAGCCAGUACUGGAGCAGAUCAACCUGCUAAAGUUGUGGAUGAUGCGCCCGGGCAUUUAAAUCCAGGAGCUUGCUUGUAUACCCAAAUAGAGAGCAUGUUGUCUUGUGAUGGCUCACACCAGCAUACCAGGAGACUCUGCCCUUGUGCAUGAUAUCAAUUGUGUCUUUUUCUGCUUCUCAGUUGUGGUCGUUAUUUUAUUCAAAAAACACAACAACUAUACAACAAUGAUCAACGAGUGAACUUUCACAAAUCCUCAGAGUGUCUUGAGUUUAGCGCAGAAAAUUCCAGUCCUGGUUACUGCUGCU